CCCCUCGUUCGAUCAUGCCGAUCUUUCCCCUCAGCAAGUUGCGAAACUCAUGUCAAAUCUUCUUUCCGAGUCCGUUGCUGAGACCCCCAUCUUGGACCCCACGCAGCAUCGGGUGCUUAUUGCUGCUGUGCAGGCAAAGUAUGGGCCCGAAAUCGUCGCUCUUAUCGUGCAGCGCAUUUUCCCAACGUUGAGCUUGCCUCCUGGGACUUCCCUGGUUCAGACGCUGAUUCCGUUGGGUCCUGACAUUACAAGCGAUCCAGACACUGUCUGCGCUCUGCUCCAGCGCUUUGGCAUUUCGGAUGCUAAUCCUCCUGGAGACGCUCAAUUGGUGGAGAUCGUGGGCUCGAUUGGCCGCGGAGGGUACAACUCUAUGUGACGUUGGAGCUUUGGUGAGGGUGUCGAGCAGCUACCACAUUACUUUGAAUUGGGCGAAUGUUACAGGACCUGCCAUUCCCGAAUAUGUCACCAACAUUGACUCCUGCCGAUGAAUGGGUUUGAUCCUACUCGUAUGCAGGGUGAAACCCAGGUCAUGCCGAUUGGGCCUACACCGGCAGCUGAGCCUCAACGUGCUGUUGGGGCACAUUGAAUCAAUUCUCUCGAGCUUG